GCGGGUCUGGGUAGGGCCGGGCGGCGCGGUCAGAGUGAGACCGGGAGUCGGGGUCGGAGUUGAACCCGGGGCUGGAGACGCCGUCCCGGCCGGAGCGGGGUGGGGAGCCACGGCGGGUCGGAAGUCGAGUGACUGCUGAGGUCCAAGACUGGGACCUGAUGCUUUUGCUUGUUGGCACUCUACCAACUGAGCCACACCUCCAACCUCUUGACUGACUCUUUAAAGAGGAUCAGAAAGUGUGCCUGUGGGUUUUGAGCAUCUGAAGCAAACCCCUGGACCCGAGUGUUCACGGCCGUCCUCUUGCCCUGUGCAGAAAUGUCUGUCACGUACGACGAUUCCGUGGGAGUGGAAGUGUCCAGCGACAGCUUCUGGGAGGUCGGGAACUACAAGCGGACUGUGAAGCGGAUUGACGAUGGCCACCGCCUGUGCAGUGACCUCAUGAACUGCGUGCACGAGCGCGCGCGCAUUGAGAAGGCGUAUGCACAGCAGCUCACGGAGUGGGCCCGGCGCUGGAAGCAGCUCGUGGAGAAAGGGCCGCAGUACGGGACCGUGGAGAAGGCCUGGAUGGCUGUCAUGUCCGAGGCAGAGAGAGUGAGCGAGCUGCACCUGGAGGUGAAGGCCUCGCUGAUGAAUGAGGACUUUGAGAAGAUCAAGAACUGGCAGAAGGAAGCCUUUCACAAGCAGAUGAUGGGAGGCUUCAAGGAGACCAAGGAAGCGGAGGACGGCUUCCGGAAGGCCCAGAAGCCCUGGGCCAAGAAGCUGAAAGAGGUUGAAGCAGCAAAGAAAGCCCACCACACGGCGUGCAAAGAAGAGAAGCUGGCCAUCUCUCGAGAAGCCAACAGCAAGGCCGACCCAUCCCUGAACCCGGAGCAGCUCAAGAAAUUACAAGACAAAAUAGAAAAGUGCAAGCAAGAUGUUUUGAAGACCAAAGAGAAAUACGAGAAGGCGCUGAAGGAACUUGACCAGAGCACCCCCCAGUACAUGGAGAACAUGGAGCAGGUGUUCGAGCAGUGCCAGCAGUUUGAAGAGAAGCGCCUGCGCUUCUUCCGGGAGGUUCUGCUGGAGGUGCAGAAGCACCUGGACCUGUCCAAUGUGGCUGGCUACAAAACCAUUUACCGAGACCUGGAGCAGAGCAUCAAAGCAGCCGAUGCGGUGGAGGACCUGAGGUGGUUCCGAGCCAACCAUGGGCCCGGCAUGGCCAUGAACUGGCCUCAGUUUGAGGAAUGGUCUGCAGACCUGAAUCGAACCCUCAGCCGGAGAGAGAAGAAAAAAGCCACCGAUGGCGUUACCCUGACAGGCAUCAACCAGACAGGUGACCAGUCUAUGCAGAACAAAACGGGCAGCACCCUUAGUGUCCCGAGCAACCCCGCCCAGCUCGCGCAGUCACAGUCCAGCUACAACCCCUUCGAGGACGAGGACGACACGGGCAGCACCGUCAGUGAGAAGGAGGACAUUAAGCCCAAAAAUGUGAGCAGCUACGAGAAGACCCAGAGCUACCCCACAGAGUGGUCCGACGAUGAGUCAAACAACCCCUUCUCCUCCACCGAUGCCAACGGGGACUCGAACCCCUUCGACGAGGACGCCACGUCAGGCACCGAAGUGCGGGUCCGGGCUCUGUACGACUACGAGGGCCAGGAGCACGACGAGCUGAGCUUCAAGGCGGGGGAUGAGCUGACCAAGAUGGAGGACGAGGACGAGCAGGGCUGGUGCAAGGGCCGCCUGGACAGCGGGCAGGUCGGCCUGUACCCUGCCAACUAUGUGGAGGCCAUCCAGUGACGAGCCCCGGGCAGGCUGGCGGAGAGGUGGAAGCGGCCGGGCCGGGACCUCCGUGAGCCUCGGCCCGGGCAGCAACACCUCGGUGCCUCCGGCAGCCAUGGGGAUGUCCACGCCGCCUGCAAGUGGGUGGUUCCAUCGUUCUUGGCUUCCUGGUGUCCUCUGAAGGCCGACACGCCGGUCAUCUCCCUCGGGACUCCGCCCCUUCCCAGCGCAUCCAGGGAGGUCGAGGGACAGGAGGGCGCAGCCCCCAGCGAGAGCCGGGCCUCCCGACCCCGCUGGCCCCGCCAGCGCGGCGGGUCACGGGCAGGGCCGCGUCCGCACCUGCCUCGCCCCCGCGGCAAUGGCGGGUCACACUGAUUCUUUUUCCACGGCUGCUUCUCUCUGAAGAGUCCCAUGCGCAACCUACGUGAACAAACCUCAUGGCGUUCUCUGAGUAAAGAUGUUGAGGUUUUUAAUUUAAAGGCCAUGUACAGUUAUGCUUUUUAUACACCUGCUCUGCCCCACGUUGACUGCACUGUGCUCUGGGGGGGGUGUCGUACUG